ACACUUCGACCCAAAUAUUUACAACGCCAACAUUAUGUGAUGGAGUAACAGAACAGAAUAUAAUACAAGCUUAAUUAUAAGACAUUAAGUUUGUUCUGUUUAAAAAAAAAUCUACUCUUACAGCGAAGGCUUUUUUACGAUGACCGAAACGGAUAAGAAAAACAUUUCCUCGAAUGGCCAUAACAGAAUAGAAGAAGAGAAGCAAAGAACUGAUCCUCAAGAAUUAGAACUUUUUGAAGCGCAAACGGAAACAGAAUCACCCAGGGAACACUACAGGAGAAAGAAACCAAACUCUGAGGAGAAUAUUUUCCAAAAUGUACAGAAUGUUGAUCUUCUCGAUAACACACAAAGCGGAAAAGAUAUUGUCCAGAGCCACCAAGAAACAAAUAAUCAGCUCACACAAACAAGCUACCAUAAGCUUACUGAGACGUUCAAUAAAGAUUUCCAUGAAGAAACUGAAAGUCUUCGUUCGUUAAUAACCCAGAACAACCAAAGAACUGCGAAUAAUAUUUCUCAGAAUUUCUAUCACUAUACCACUAGUGCUUCUAACGUUAAUUCAAAUUCUUACUUUAAUUCUGAGAAUUUUGGAGAUGAUAUUAGUCCCACUGUUUCCCCCACUUUUAGUACAUUAAAUUUGAAUUCAAAUAAUAUUAAUGUGCAAGAACUUCCCGACCAUAACUCAAGAACCCAAGAUAAUCCGAUGAGGCAGUUUGAGUACUCAAACCAUCAACCAGAUGACAACAUAUACCAACUAUCUGUUGGUCAUCUUACACCUAAUGGAACUAUCUUGAGCCUUUUAGACCACUCUCAAGCACUCGGUACUGGUUCAUCGAAUCUCAUGUUGUUAAACAACUAUUUGGCAGGCCCAUCCACACGGGAAUCCUACCAAUCGUUUAGAGGAACACCUGUAUUGGAUGUUACUGAAUCCUACCAAACCUUUAGAGGAACGCCUGUUUUGGAUGUUAAUGAGAUUUCGUUGACAUCAUUGGGAUCAGCAGAAUUCUCAGCUCUAGCGAAUAAUCAAACCCCGUUUCCUUCGUCACAGCUUGUUAGUCAGCCCAUAAGUAUUGAUGGUGGGACUAGAUUCUACCAACAAGAAGAGUUAUUUCAAAGUCCACCCAACACUAUGCCACAGUUUCAAGUGGAUUCCGGCAACCCAAGCAAUCAACAUUUUCUGACCGAGACACAUCCUACCUAUAAUCUACUAAUGUUGUGUAAAGAUAACGCAGGAAGAGAGGGAAGCUCAAACUGUCAAAAUGUCGGACAACAAACACGAAAAACAAACAACCCUAAAAAGUCAUCCUGUGGACGACAGAGUGACCAGCUAUGUUCCAACUGUCAAACGAUCACUACCACUUUAUGGAGACGCGAUAAGGAAGGGAAUGUUGUUUGUAAUGCAUGUGGGCUUUACUAUAACCUACAUAAGAGGAAUCGCCCAAUGUCUAUGAAAAAAGACACUGUCCAAAAAAGAAAUAGAAAACCUAGAUCAAGGACUAUACAAAAAAAUGGAAGGACUCCAUCAUUGAAUAUUAAUAAGAAUGAUUACAGUGAAGGCAAUAUGCAAGAACUUUCUAGUAACAAGGAAUCCGAAAUAUACAACAUAUCCAGGCCUAUCAUCAAUGCUUCUACCGUAGAUAUCUUCCAGUCUUCCCCAACUCAAUUUGGCGUAGUAACCACAAUCGAACCUAUUUCGAGUUCUUCCAACGGCCAAAAAAAAGAGGCGGGCAGCAUCCCCAUAUCAGAACGUGAUUUACAUUCACCAAUGGUACCUUCUUCUAUUACACUAACCAGCCAAAUGGAUGUUCUUACUGCUUUAGACCCACCAAGCAACUACACAUUUGGCCAACCAAUAGUUGACAAUCACGAAGUUAUUCUACAUUCUAAGAUGACCGAUAGGCUGGCUAGAGGAUCGGAUCUUUUUUAAUUUAUUAUUUAUUUAUGCUAAAGUUAUAGGCUAUUGUUUGUAUUCCUACAGAAAAUCAAAGAAAAAUAAUAAUUUGUUUUGUCACUUCAAGAAAUAUUAUAUGUUAUUUACUUGCAUAAUACAGGUUUGUU